GCGAGUACAGGUCGUGCUGCAAUUAGUUCAUUGAAAACUCAGUUGCUCUCGGAGCGGUCGAGCGGAGACUGCCUUCAGCUUUUUUUCUGCUGACUGUUAAAAUCUCCUGUAGAGAGCUGCAACAAUGCCCAAAAGAAAGGCUGCAGGUCGAGGUGAUAUGAGGCAGGAGCCAAAGAGACGAUCAGCCAGACUGUCUGCUAUGCCUGUGCCCAUUUUACCAGAGUUGAAGCCAAAAAGAACAUCAACUCCAAGGAAAAUGAAAAAAGAUGAUAUGAUGGGGGAAAACGCAGAUACAAGUGCCCAAACAAUAGCUGAAACCAAGCAAGAAGUUAUUAAAGAAGAAUACAAGGAAAAUGCUGAAAAUGGAGAAGGCAAAAUUAUAGAGGCAUCAGCUCCUGAAAAAGAACCUGAGGAAAUAAAAGAAAAAAAAAUGGAAGAUGUUGAAAAAGAAGGAUCAGAAAAGAAAGAAGCAGUGCCAUUGGAAGAAAAGAAAAACGAAAAAGAAGAUCAGAAAGGAGAUGGAAAAGACCAAAACAAGGAAGAAGAGAAAAGAGAAGAUGGAAAAGAGGGUGACGAUGGAAAAAAUAAAGAAGAUGGAAAAGUGGAACAAGACCAAAAAGAGAAAGGAGAUGAAAAAGAGGGUGAUGAUGGAAAAGGGACAGAAAAUGGCAAAGAGGAAGAAGAUGAAAAAGAGGGUGAAAAUGGGAAGGGGAAAGUAGAAGAUGGCCAAGAAUGUGAAAAUGAAAAAGAUAAAGGUGAAGAUGAAAAACAAGAAGACAGAAAAGAGGAAGGAGAUAAAAAAGAUGAUGAAGAUGAAAAAGGUGAUGAAAAUGAGAAAGAUAAUGAAGAUGGAAUAGAGGAUGAAGAUGGAAAAGAGAGUGAAGAUGAGAAUGAUGAUGAAGGUGGAAAUGAGGAGAAAGAUGAAAAAGAGAAAGUAGAAGCUGGAAAAGAGGAGGGAAAUGGAAAAGGAAAUGGGAAAGAUGGAAAGGAAAAGGAAAAUAAGGCUGAAGUUGAAAAGGAAGUAGCUGAAAAAGAAGAUGUCCAAAAAGAAGUGUCUCAGAGUAUUGUUUAAGGCUGUUCUAUGUAGUUUCAUAAUUUGGUAAUAUGUACCUUCAUGUUGUAAUGUUAAUAGAGAUAAAUAUUUUUAUCAAAUAUUUUAUAAACAUGUUUUUUCUUUAGCAUUAACUGACUUUCAGAAUAUAUUCAUACUGAUCAUUAGCCACAAAUUUCCUAACAUGAAAACUUUAUAAAUCUUGUGAUUAUAAUAGAGGAAUAUAUAGAAAAAACAUGCUUGAAACUUUGUCAGUAAAUUUCCUUUGGGGUAAGUUAUGUGUUAAAUCUUUGAAUUUUACUUCCGUAUGUGAUAAUUUCAUAAAGUGGAGAGAUCGCAAAAGAAAAAUGGUAUGUGGUUCUCUAAGUUGCUUUUAUGAAGAAGGUGAACUAUUUUCAUGUAAUGUUGAGGAGUUAAAAUUAUCUUUUCCAAAUGUGACCUUAGUUGUAGUUUGGGGAAAAAUAAAAUUAUAAUUUCAUUUUAAAAGAAAUGAAAGUGUUUCUUUCAGAAGGGCAGUUCUGAUUAUAUGUGUAUACACAAAAAUUUACUGGAUUUAUCUUAAUAAAAUUUUUCUUCAAAGAU